AUGGAUGAACAAGCAAAUAAUGAAGCAGAAAUAAUUAACAACAACGAACAACUUGAUAAUGUUUCUAAUGCCAAUGCAAGUGUGCCAACUACUCCUACAGUAGUACCUAUAUUAACUCCCGGAGGAACAAAAGAAUGGUUUCCUAUGUGCCGCAAUGAGUUAAAACCUGCAAUAGGAAUUAAAUUUAAUAGUGUUGACGAGGGUGUUGAAUUUUAUAAAUCAUAUGCACUUGCUGCUGGUUUUAACACUAGGAAGUCUACCAGUAAAAGGCAUACAGAGAAAAAAUUGGCAUUCCAAUAUGUCUUAUGCAACAAACAGGGUUUCAAGGAGAAGAAAAAGCCUAUUGUUGAGAGUAUUCUAAAUGAUAAAAAAGGACAAAGCAAGGAAGGCAAGAUUUCAAUAACAAGAAAAAGAUUAGUCACUCGUGUUGGGUGCAAAGCUCUUAUGGUUCUAAAACAUUGUGAAGAUGAAAAGUAUAUAGUAACACAGUUCCACGAAGGACAUACUCAUCCCCUCUACACACCAAGUUGUAAUCUAUUUCAAAAAGAAGGAAGAAAGAUGAACAUUUUGCACAAAAAAAUGAUUGCUGAUAACUCUAAGGUGAAUAUUGGCCCUGUAAAAACUUUUCGAAUGAUGAAGGAAAUACUUGGAGGUUAUGAUAAUGUUGGAGCUUCCAAGUACAACAUGGUAUUUACUCCAUUUCCAGGGGUUGAUCAUCACAAGAGUUGUAUCACUUUUGCGGCUGGUUUCAUAGCAAAGGAAGAUAUUGAAUCAUUUGAGUGGCUUUUCAAAACAUUUCUUAAGGCAAUGGGCAAUAAUGAACCUAAUUGUCUGAUCACAGAUCAAGAUCCAGCUAUGAAAAUUGUUGUUAGUAGAGUGUUUCAAAAAUCUGAACGUCGGUUCUGUAUGUGGCAUAUAAUGAAAAAGUUGCCAGAUAAAGUAGGGCGAGCGAUCACAAAGGAGGAAACAGGAUUCCUGAAAAAAAUAUGUGCCUGUGUUUGGCAUCUUGAAAUUGAGUCGGCUGAGUUUGAAGAAAGGUGGAAUAAGGUGAUGGUUGAGUUUGAAUUGGAAGGUAAUGAGUGGUUGUGUUAUAUGUACGAGAUAAGGGAUAAGUGGAUUCUGGCAUAUUUCAGAGAUGUGUUCCUGGGAGGAAUAAUGUGUACCACGUCAAGAUCAGAAAGUGAAAAUAACUUUUUUUGCUCCUUUAUCAAUCCUCACGUGUCACUUGUUGAGUUUUACGUGAGAUAUGAAGCUGCAAUUGAUGCCCAAAGACACGCUCAAGGUCAAAACGACAAUGAUUCAAAGCACAAAUACCCAGAGUGCAAGACACCACUAGGGAUAGAAAAGUAUGCCUCAACCAUAUACACUAUUUCUGUUUUUUAUGAUUUCGAAUAUGAGGUAGAAAUGGCUUGUUUUGCUUGUGGGUGUGAAGAGUUUAAGAGAGAAAAUGGAUUAGAAAUUGCAAAAUUAAGUGAAGGGGGUCGGAGUAGAACAUUUGAUGUUAUGUUUAAUCCGACUAACCAAGAGACAACAUGUUCUUGCAAGUUGUUUUAUAGGCAAGGCAUUCCAUGCAGGCACAUGGUUUGGGUUUGUAAAGCAAAACGGUUUGAAAUUAUUCCUAAGCAAUAUAUUCUAAACAGAUGGACUACUAUGGCAACGAAAAGACCAAUAUUUGACCUAGGAGGAAAUCUGUUGGAACAAUGUGCCAAUAUAAUCGACAAGAAAAAGUUGUUGAAUGAGUUGUGGUCAGAGAUACAUAAUUGUGUUAGUUUGGCAGAGGGUGACGAUGAAGAUAUUAAAGACCUUGUGAUUAAUCUUCGAGGAUUGAGGUUGGAUUUGGAAGCUAAAAUAAAUGCAAGAAGUAAUGGUGAAAGGAAUGCUACUAACAAAGAAAAAGACAUAGAACUAUUAAUUGGAGCUAGUGUUCCAAGUGAAAUAUCUAUCAAACCUCCAAAAAUUUCGAAGAACAAAGGUACAGGAGUUCAUUUGUCAAAUGUUGAAACGAGAUCUGUAGAGACUUCAAAUGUUGAAACAAGAUCUAUAGAGACUUCAAAUGUUGAAACAAGAUCUGGAAGUGGGAAAAGACUAAAGGGGGACAAAGAAAAGGCGAAAUGA